AUGGCGGUCGCCAUCCUGUGUGUUUGGGCUACAUAUUGCUCUGUUCUUGCUCCAGUCCGUGCGUCUACCCCCAAGUCUCCAGUCCUCGAAUCUGCUCCCGAGCCUGCUCCAGUCCUCGAAUCCGCUCCCGACCCCGCUCCAGUCCAUGAGUCUGCUCCAGAGCCCAUUCCAGCUCCUGAGGUGGCAGCUCCCGCUGCAGAACCUCCCAGGUUGUUGGCCUCUGCAUCAGCUCCUGAGGUGGCAGCUCCCACUGCAGAACCUCUCAAAUCAGCGGCGUCCAUUCCAGCUCCUACCGAGGUGGCAGUUUCCACUGCAGAACCUCUCGAGUCAUCUGUGUCCGCUUCUGAACCCUCUGCCUGCCCUGUCUCGCCAAGGAGGCUGUCUCUGAGCUCUUCGCCUGCCCUGUCACGGCCAAGGAGGCCGUCCCCCAGCUCUUCGCCUGCCCUGUCCCGGCCAAGAAAGCCGUCUAUGAACUCUUUGCCUGUUCUGUUACGGUCAAGGAGACCCACUGUGAACUCUCUGACUGUCCUGUCACGGCCAUGGAGGCCGUCUGUGAACUCUUAG